UAUAUCAUGAUCUCUAACAUUAUACAGAUAUAAAGACACACACAGAAGUGGCCCAUUGCAGAUGUGAACAUUAAGCACUGUGUGAACCUCUUUUGCUCCAUGUGUGUGUUUUAGGAGAGAGAGCAAGAGCGAGAGGCUCACAGCAUCCUCCUGGCUGACCUGAGAAACCAGGUGGAGACACUGCAAGUCUCAAUGAAGGACAUGAACAACGUGAUCUCGGAGACUAACCGGGAAAUUAAAUAUAUUUCUACUGAGUGUGAGCAAGAGCGAGAGGCUCACAUCAUCCUCCAGACUGAGAUUAAUGAGAUGAUGAAGACCAUGAUUCAGCUGGAGAAGGAGAACAGUGCAAUGAAGAAGACUCUGAUUGACCAGGAGGAAUUACUGAGGGUCACCAUGGCUGAAGCUGAGGAGAACCAUCAGAAGGAUGUAGAGACCAUCCAUCAGCUGGAGAAGGAGAAGUCUGACCUGACAGAAAAGGUGGAGACUCUGAGAGAGACAGUGGAGGAACAUCAGCAGGAUGUGGAGACCAUCCAUCAGCUGGAGAAAGAGAAGUCUGACCUGACAGAAAAGGUGGAGACUCUGAGAGAGACAGUGGAGGAACAUCAGCAGGAUGUGGAGACCAUCCAUCAGCUGGAGAAAGAGAAGUCUGACCUGACAGAAAAGGUGGAGACUCUGAGAGAGACAGUGGAGGAACAUCAGCAGGAUGUGGAGACCAUCCAUCAGCUGGAGAAAGAGAAGUCUGACCUGACAGAAAAGGUGGAGACUCUGAGAGAGACAGUGGAGGAACUGGGGAACCAGCUCAUUGAGACACAUGUGCAGUGUGAUGAGCUCACGGAUGUAAGUGACUAAAAUCUUGCACUAAGCAGCUCCAUUAGUGACAGUAUGAGGACUUUAAUUGUGUUUAAGGGUUAAGCGCUCGAAUUUACGCCUCUUGUGCUCCAUGUGUGUGUUUUAGGAGUGUGAGAGAGAGCGAGAGACUCACAACAUCCUCCAGUCCAAAUAUGAUGAGAUGAAGAAGACUCAGGAGAUACUGAAGGUAAAUGUGUGUGUGUG